AUGUCCCUCGACGCCUUCUAUACCGCUCUCUCCGCCUCCCAAUCCGGCGCCCAAUACACCCCCGACGUGCAAUCCGCCGCAUCCGGCAUCAACAUCGAUCUCCUCAAGGUCGCAGUGCAGGCGAUCCUCGCGGGCGAUGACUCGGCCAGCGUGGAUGGCGACCAAGCCACUGCGUUGAAGGCCGGAUUCGAGUUCGCUGCGAAGCUUGUGAAGAUGUUGGAGAAGGAGCCUGGAACGAAUGAGAUGUUGAAUUUGUACAAAUAUUUCAAACAGGCGAAGGGUGAGAAACCUGCUGAACCGUCGUUUUAUCAGAUGGAGGCCAAGUACAAGUACAACGCAUGGAAGGAAGUUAGCCACAUCAGUGCCCACAGAGCUCAGGCUCUGUAUAUCCAGGAGGUGGGGACGUUGAUCGAGAAGUAUGGGACUCGCUCGGCCUGA